CUGCCUUUACCUGCGCACACGCGACGUCGCCCCACUACCCGCGACAUCGAGAGCCAUCGCCAGUGCCACCCGCGUGCCCGCGCGCACUACCGCGGCAUCGAGAGUGUCCCUAGCGCCCGCGCGCCCACGCCUCUCUACUAUCUUCCACCUUCCGGUUCAUAUGAUGUUAUGCCUCCACCCGAGCUGACUCGGGCCCCUCCAACCGAAUUAGAAAAGAUCGUGGCAAAAUUAGAGGAGGACGCUCAUACCCUUCGUGCUUCUUUGGCCUCCCUCUCCGAAAAAGAAGAAACCGAGUCCUUCACUUCUCCCUCUCCGAUAUUUGAGCACCCAUCGGUUGGACAACCUCGUUCAUCUAGUCUUGGAGCUUCAUUUCAUUCCGAGGUUGGGCCGAUUGAUCGUCACCAAGAAGUUUUGGCAAGAACUCAAGACGCACUCGCGAGCCUCGCGUCGAUCAUCGAGGAGUUUAAUAUUUGGAGGUGCAUCCCGAUUCCAUUCGUUCUUCGUGCUACACUUGAGAAGUUUGAAUCCACCGUGGUGUAUUUUCUCGACUUGGAUUCAUCUUCUAUUCCGCUCGGUAGAUAUUCUACUCUAUCGAUGAAGCUUAUUCGCGAGAGCACUCGAUUAGAGAGCGAAUUUCGAGGUAUGGUGGAUCGUUUUGUUUCCUUUAAUGAGAAGGGCCUCACUCCCGUGUACGAUGGGACUCAACCUUUAGAUACGAGUGAGGAAAUCGAUGAGCUUAUUGUCGAAGAACUUCCUCCUUGUGAUGACGUGGACUUGCAUUCUACAAUAGGUACGUUAAAAUCUUCUUCCGCUUGCCCGAAAGAUCUAUACCCGCUGCCAAGGAUCGACCAGCUGGUAGACCCCACGGCGGGGUGUGAGUUGCUUAGCUUGAUGGACGCCUCGCAGGGGUAUCAUCAGAUCCCCUUGGCGAAAGAAGACUGGAAGAGGGUGAGCUUCAUAACAAGCAAAGGCACCUAUUGUUAUGUAGUCAUGCCGUUUGGAUUAAAGAAUGCCGGGGCCACUUACCAGCGGUUGGUCGACCAAAUUUUCAAAGACCAGUUGGGGAGGAAUAUGAAAGUGUAUGUCGAUGACAUGCUGGUAAAGAGUAAGAUAGAGGUGGACCACGUGGGCGACCUGAGGGAGACUUUCCAAACACUGAGGAGGUUCAGCAUGAAGCUCAUCCCGGCUAAGUGCUCGUUUGCUGUAAAGGCAGGGAAGUUCUUGGGAUACAUGGUGACAAAGCGGGGCAUAGAGGUGAAUCCCGAGAAAGUAAGAGUUGUGAUCGAAAUGAAGCCACCGGCCAAUGUGAAGGAAGUCCAAAUACUAACUGGUCGAAUAGCAUGGCUAAGCAGAUUCAUUUUCAAGGUGGCUGAAAAGAGCAGCCCUCUGUUCAAAACUCUGAAGAAAAGCUCGAAGUUUCAGUGGACGGAGGAAGCCCAGAAGGCCUUCGAGGAGCUGCGGGAGACGCUGGCUAACUUGCCCUUACUGGCCAAGCCAAUCCAUGGAGAGGAACUUGUGCUCUACAUAUCGGUGGGCGAGAGUGCA